AUUUUAUGGAUUGAAUCUAUUGAUUUUAUUACUUCAGGCAGAUGCCAAUGACAUUGACUUGGAUCAACGGUCAGAUCAGCCCAUGAAAAACAAUCCACACUGGCCAACACGCACCUAUUUAUCUCAUCCCAAAUAUCAAACAGACCUGAAAAAAUAUCGUUUUGUUCAAAACCUCAAGUAAACAGGUACAACUAAACAGAUACAAAUCGCGACAGUCCAAGUGAAAACGGGCGCUAUUCUGACGCUGGGAGAAGGUGAAAAUGGCAAACUUUUACGCGCUUUUCUUAACUUUACUCAUUUGCGCAUCUGAAUGGACGGCUGGCUCGGCUGCAGAUGACCGUCCAUCCUUGGGGGAAAUUCAGGAUCAACUCCAACAACUGACAACCAACUACAAUACGCUUAAAAUCAACCUGGAAAGCAAAGUGGCUCGACUGGAAGAGCUUAUGGAGCAAAAAGAUCGGCAACAUGGAAUCUUAGAAGAAAAAGUUCAAAGACUAGAACUCGAGCUGCUUGCCACUAAGGAAAGAGAAACAAAUCAGUUGGCCACAAAGAACGUCAUGUACAGAACGUGCAGCGAAGCUCGUGCAGCCGAUCCGUCCCUGACGAUGGGAAUGCAUUGGAUCGAUCCUGACGGUCAGGGAGUUGGGGACGAUCCCAUUUUCGUCUACUGCGACAUGGCCACAGGAUCGACUUUAGUCCCGCACGACAGCGAAGAAUCAAUAGACGUGGGUCAUUGCGCUGAUCCUGGAUGUUAUUCCAGGUCCAUCAACUACAACGCCACAAGUAGACAAAUGUCGGCAUUGGCCGAGUUGUCGGCGGAAUGCCACCAGUCGCUCACCUAUGAUUGUUUCUACGCCCCGUUGGAACUGAACGGCAUCACCUACAGUUGGUGGAACGACAAAAAUGGAAACGUUCAAUACUUUUGGGCCGGAAACGAUUCCAGCGUUCACACCUGUCAGUGCGGAAUCGACGGGAAUUGCAUCGAUCCUGCCGUCAAGUGCAACUGCGACGCCGCUGCGCCACUUCAAUCAGCUGAUAAUGGUGUUGUCGUAGGCAAAGAGAUCCUGCCCAUUACUCGUCUGAACUUUGGUCGGACCCAACUCGGAAUUUCUUCCGGUGUCCACACUCUUGGGCGAUUUGAAUGCACCGGACAAGUGGCCGUCACUGGAAUGCCCAAGUCAUGCCAAGAUUUGUGGAGGAUUGGGCACAGUCUGAGCGGAUUGUAUUCCGUCACGGACGAGAAAAGCGUCGAGAGUGUCUACUGCGAUUUUACCAAGCUUCCUAACGAUUCCGGUUUCCAGACGUGGAUUGGAUACGAAGAUGUCAAAUCCUCGCCGACAUACUUCUACGUUAGGAAAUGGGAGAGUGGCUUCGCUCAACCUUCUAUUCCAAUUCCAUUCGACGUUCAAAACUUGAACGUGGGAGCGGCAAUGAACUUGACAUCGGGAAAAUUCACGACUCCGAGAGCGGGAACUUAUUUUUUCUCUGCAUCUGGAACGGUUCAAUUUCCAUCUACUUCAUCUAGGCUUGGUUGUGGAAUACAGUUAUAUGAGAACGGCGUAGCUAACGGUUAUAUCCCAAUCGAUUCGUCCAACUCGGAAUGGAAUUUAGAAACGUUUAGCAUCCAAGUGACGGUCAGUCUGCAAAGAGGAGAUGAAAUCUGGUUGGCGAUUAAUUCGAUUUCAUCGGGUGUGUCUCUGUACGGUUAUGGGUCCCUUCAUUUUACUGGUUUUUUGUUGGAAGAGGCAUUAUUUUAACAGGAAAAAUGUGGGUCAAUAAACGCAGUUAACGACCAA